UUGUUAAUUAGUUGUUCACGUGGUAAUUAGUUUUCAGCCUUUGAUUAGUGUUCGCGUAGCUUUCAUCUGUACUCGUUCUCUCUUGUAUAAAUAGCAACUUCUGCUCGAUCGUGAUCUUUAUCGCGGAGUAUAAAUGGACCCAACUGGGAAAAGGAUGAAGCAACUGUUGCAGAGUGAUGAACUAACUGAGUAUAUCUUCGAGACCAGUGUGUAUCCACGUGAACCGGCGCCUCUCAAGGAGCUAAGGGAAGCCACUGUCAGCCACACCCGGGCUGUGUUCGCUACUGCGCCAGAUGCAGGUCAGUUACUAGGCAUGCUGUUGAAGCUAGUAGAUGCAAAGAAGACAAUUGAAAUUGGAGUUUACACAGGAUACUCUCUCCUCCUCACUGCGCUUACUAUUCCUGAGGAGGGAAAGAUUGUAGCCAUAGAUAUAGAUCGUGAGACAUAUGAGCAAAUAGGGCUGCCAAUCAUAAAGAAAGCUAGUGUGGAGCACAAAAUUGACUUCAUUGAAUCCCAAGCUGUACCAGCUCUUGAUAAGCUAUUGGAAAAUCAAGAAAAUCAAGGCAGUUUCGACUUUGCCUACGUUGAUGCAGACAAGGCUAACGAUUGGAACUACCAUGAGAGAUUACUGAAGCUGUUGAAGGUGGGUGGCUUAGUUGUCUACGACAACACACUCGUCUUAGGAUCAGUUGUGUGUCCUGAAGAGUCGAAUCAACGGCGCAGGACAGAACUGGCUAUUGAGCAUAACAAGGCACUUGCAGCUGAUCCUCGUAUACAAAUCUCUCAUGUUUCUGUGGGUGAUGGGAUGAUGAUUUGUCGCCGGAUCAUCUGACUUUGGCUUCCCUAGCCUGUUGAUGAAAUCCUAAACAUGCAGCUUGCUCUCUGCAAUAAAAAUGUGUGAUUUAUAGUCGAAAUUCGCUUUCUUUAAUGAAUUUGCUUGUGUGAUUACAAGUUUACAACUGUAACUUUCUGAUCGUCAAUAAGUUGUAAUCAAGCACUCCAAUAAUAUUGUUGUAAAACGUUAUAUUUUAGUGUGCUUUUUAUGUAAAAAGAUGCAUCAAUAAUGACUUUUUUUAGAGAAAUGAAUAAUUCAUUAAUU